AUGUCCAGAUGCCGGUGGAUUCAUUGUAACAUUUGCUUCCAUUUGCUGGAUAAAAAGGAUCGCAAGUUUUAUCAAUUGUCCUGCCGGCACGUCCUCUGCAAACAAUGCAUGGGCAGAACGAAUCGAGGAACGGUGUGUCCCGUUUGUCAGAAACCGCUGGAUCGCUUUACCGAGCUGACAAAUCAGAUGGAUCGCGCGGACAAAAUGUUCUUCGAUCCGGGUGCGAUCAGAGCCCUACAAGUGGUCAGCCAGAAUGUACUAUUUCAGCACCGACAGCGGGAUCAUCUUGUCCAACAAAUCAUCCACCGUCGCGAAGGACUUCCGAAGCUGCGCGAAAUGGAGAAUCAGUUGCGCCAGCGGAUAGUGGAAACACAGCGGCGCUACGAAAAGCUGCGCACCUAUCGUCGCAAUCUGCAGGAGCGCCUACGAAGCAUGUCGCCGAGGCAAAGCAGCAGCGAGGGCCACGGAGCCGGUGACCGGUACCGGGUACCACCAUAUUUCCUGUCACCAUCAGCAGCAUCCUCAUCACCGAUGGCUCUUUCGAACCGGGCCACCAGUACGCCACGGGUUGAUCCGGGAAGACUAACUCCAGCAGCUGCAAGUACCUCGAGAACUGUGGCUCCAUCAGUUCCUGGAGGAUGUUACAAUCCGUACACCAUUGCACAGCCACAACUACGGGCCCAAAAGCCACCGUCGGUGGGAGGCUUUUCGUUGAUCGAUUCCGCAGACGAUUCGGGUAUUGGCUCACGAACACCUACGGGAAGUACAUCCUUCAACAGCAGAGGCAGUGCCGGGUCUAGUGAGUUAGCUCAGCGCACUACUGACCCUGUAGUCUACGGUGGCAAAUCAUACUUUAAAACACCCACCGUCCGGCAGCGGCCGAUGCCGUACGGUAGUCCGGCGCCAUCGACCAUCACCCGUGACCCGUCGCCGUCGUCGCAGAACUACCAGCGCCGCAAACCGUAG